AAUUUAUUCCUCACGAAGUCCAGCCUCUUCCUUUUGUUUUACCCUUUUAAACCACAGCUGGCCGCUGCUGCCGCCUUCAGGAAAAAAAGUAAAAAAAAAUUAAUCUUCUUGUACUGAAGAUUUAUCCAAUUUUUUUCUCUGCACAUCAAUUUUAAAGCAGUCAUGUCUCAGGUUGAUAACAGAAAUUCAUCCGCUGCCAAACGUGCUAGAACUGACGGCAGUCGCAGGGAAGAUGAUUGGACAUGUCCAAGUUGUGGCAAUGUUAAUUUUUCGUUCAGAACUACUUGCAACAUGCGCAACUGUACACAGCCUCGGCCAGCUGAUCAUAACUCGAAAUCAGCUACCAAGCCAAUGCAACUUCCACACAGCUACUCAUCCGCAGCUCCUUAUGUAGGCUCCGGUCCACCUUCUUCAAUGUAUAUGGGUGUGCCACCAUAUGGAUCAUCCCUUUUCAAUGGAUCUUCCAUUCCUCCGUAUGAUGUUCCAUUUAAUGGGGGCUCAGCUUAUCAUUAUAAUUACAAUAACCGACUUUCAGCAGGCAGCCCUUAUAGGCCACUGCAUAUAUCUGUACCUCCUCCUUAUGCUGGUGGAUCUAUGUUGGGAAAUGGUGGAAUAUAUGGUAUGCCUCCCUUGAUGGACCGGUAUGGAUUGGCUAUGCCGAUGGGCGGUCCUCCUCCUAUGGGGCCAAGGCCAGGGUUUUUCCAAGAUGAUAAUUCUUUAAAAAAGGGUGCAGAUGCUACACGUGAUAAUGACUGGACAUGCCCAAAAUGCGGGAAUAUUAACUUCUCUUUCAGAACUGUUUGUAACAUGAGAAAAUGCAAUACACCAAAACCAGGAUCUCAGGCUGCUAAACCUGAGAAGAGUUCCAAACAAAAAAUGCCCGAUGGAAGCUGGAAAUGUGAAAAGUGUAACAAUAUAAACUAUCCAUUCAGGACUAAGUGCAAUCGACAGAAUUGUGGGGCUGAGAAACCUGACGAGUCAAAGAAGUCCCCUUCACCGGUGGCUGAUGAGAAUGAUCAGUGAGUACUAGGACAUGUUUGAGGUUUGAGAAGGUCCAGAGUUGUCGUCGUCCAGCAUUGCUCAAUAUGGGUGUCUGAAAGUCAGUCUUGUCGUCCUCAUGUUGCUGCGGUUGUCAAGUUACUCUACCUUCUCAUGAUGUCUGUCAAGUUGUUGUAUUACUUGAAAAUGAUAAUAUUGGUCUUUAUGGAUCAUUUAAUGUGCACUUGUCUCUGUCAGUUUGAUCUGGCUAAGAAUAACAGGUUGGUUCUGGUUUCUUAUUAGUUAGGAUUUUGUAAUUUUUUGCACUGACUUGUGUUUUAGUGAAGUUACCAUGAACUCA